AUGGUUCGCGUGCACGGAGGCGGAUGCCAGGGUACUGUACUGGCAAGGAAGGGUGAUUGGGCAGUGUGCGAGCAUGCGACCGUUCGACUGCCUAGCUGGUACUACUGUAGAGACUGGGAAGUUGCGAUGGACACGGCCGCACGUGGACACGUGUUGACCCUGGUCGUCGUUGCUCAAAGUUCGACAGGGGGGCCGAGAGAACAGCUUGGGCAACGCCGGGAUUGGUACUGGAAAGUGACUGCUCAACUGCAUCCCGCACUCAGGGACACAUGGGAAACUUUUGUUCGGUACUUGUACAGCAAAGUCUUCGGCCGACCGCCGCUCUUUCCUAUUUGCCAUCAACGUGUGAGGUACCCAUCGGUUCACGGCCGGCAAUCGACAAAGAGCGUCUAUCUUUCCUAUGCGCAAUGCCCGGCUGGAAGGCAUGUACAUAGCAUGGAUUCAACUAUCAGAUCAGGCCUGGACACUUGGUGGGUAUUUGCCGGGCACUUGGACGGAUCUGUUCAACCGAUUGUUUGGUUCCAUUACAUGGAUGCGCUACCCCAAGAAUACAUGCACACGGCCAGGAGAAGCGGUAUGGUAUGGGGUUGCUGGUACUUGAAUCGGGCAGCCCAGAUUAGUGCUGCAACGGUCGCAAGCUUGUGUUAUGCGGACGGACAGGUGGGCAGACCCAGGCAAGGCAUGGUAAGGCGAGGCAAGGCAAGGCAAGGCGCAGGCACAGGCAGAGGCACAGGCAGAGGCAGAGGCAGCAAGGGCCUCGACGCGAUGCAGAGACCGGCCAUGCGGGAGGCAGGGAUGACAGGCCAUAUGGAACGGGUGAUGGAGGGGGAGGGGAGAAACGUGUGGUAG